ACUGACCAGCAGGCGUCAGAAUAACGUUGCAAGACGAUCAUUCGCACUUCGAUUUUUACAAGGUAGACUGACCCCAACAGCGGUCCGUACCUUAUGCUGUAGCCUGCAGCAGUCAAAGGGCUGAGUGGGAGCCGGCGGAUACUAAGGGAAAGUAUUUGGCUCUAGCGCUAUACAGUGAGGAUUAUAGAGCAACACGAGACUGCUAACGGGUGGCCAGCUGUGCGUCAGCAGGAAGGAUUUGUUGAAUUGUCUCGUAAUGCAUUUGUGAAAUAUAAAAUCCCAGGUGUUCUGCUGUUCAGUCUGUUUAUUGGAUGGCUUCUGCACUAACUGUAAAGUCUGAGAGUCAAAUGCUUAUAGAUGAUGGAAUCCCACCAGCCAAGAAGCCCAGGAGGUUCCCUGUCCUGGAAAUCACUUCAGAGCAAAUAAUCGAUGUCAACUCUCAUUGCUGCAAAUACAAGGGAACUGACAAUCCCCAGGCCUUCUUGAGAAAGCUCUUGCCAAGUCUGAAGACAAAGAAACCUCAGGAGCUUGUUUUGGUUAUUGGAACUGGUAUAAGUGCUGCAGUUGCACCUCAGGUUCCUGCUCUGAAAUCUUGGAAGGGACUAAUCCAGGCCCUUCUUGAUGCUGCUAAUGACUUUGACUUGCUGGAAGAGGAGGAAAGCAAAAAGUUCCAGAAAUGCCUUCAUGAAGACAAGAACCUUAUUCACGUGGCUCAUGACUUGAUUCAGAAGCUGUCACCGCGCACUAGCAAUGUUAGGUCCACCUUCUUUAAAGACUGCUUAUAUGAGGUGUUUGAUGAUCUCGAGUCAAAGAUGGAGGAUUCUGGAAAACAGCUUUUACAGUCAGUGGUACAACUAAUGGAGCAUGGAGCCCUUGUUUUAACUACUAAUUUUGACAACUUGCUUGAAAUAUAUGCCAUUCAUCAAGGAAAGCAACUGGAAUCAUUAGAUUUGACAGAUGAAAAAAAGGUCUUAGAGUGGGCUCAGGAGAAAAAAAAGUUGAGUGUGUUACACAUACAUGGAGUGUACACAAACCCCAGUGGUAUUGUUCUCCACCCAGCUGGCUACCAGAAUGUGCUAAGGAACACAGAAGUCAUGCGAGAGAUCCAGAAGCUGUAUGAAACAAAGUCAUUCCUUUUCCUUGGCUGUGGCCGCACUGUGGAUGAUACAACAUUUCAGGCGCUCUUUCUGGAGGCAGUGAAACACAAGUCAGACUUGGAGCAUUUCAUGCUGGUUCGCAGAGAAGAUGUAGAGGAGUUCAAAAAACUGAGAGAGAAUAUGUUGGAUAAGGGCAUCAAAGUGAUUUCAUAUGGCACCGAGUACACUGAUUUGCCAGAAUACUUUGAGAGGCUCGCUAAUGAAAUUUCUACUAAAGAACGCACAGGGAUGACAAGAGAUAUUCCAUUGAAAAAUGGCCCAAGCAUUGCAUUUUUUCAGAAUAAAGGUCAACAAUCUCAUCAUGAUGAUCGACAGGAGUUUACAGACGAGGAGCCAUUUUAUGAAGAAAAUAUGCAGUUUUUACAACACCCCGAUGAUGACUCAAAUGUUGAACGUCAAGUUAAAAUGUCUGCAUGCGUCUGCAGUGAACAAGUUGAAAAGCAAUUUGCAAUGUUACCAGGCCCAUCCCAGGCAAAACAGCAGCAUAUACCUUUGUUGCCAAGAGAGCAGCCGUAUGAUAACUUUACAAAACACUUAAAGGGCCUAAAAGCUUUAAAUGUAGCUAUGAGCAAGGGAAUCUUGCAUAGGAUGAACACAAUGCACAUGGACCUCUGCCGUCUUAACAUAAGUAUGAAUAAAAAUAGCUUUCUUUGUAGAAAAAUGCUUAAAGUGGAGGCCAAACGAAACCGCUUACUCUGCCAAAUGAAUGACAACAUAAGCAAGCUUUCACAAAGUGUGCUAAUGGCAGUGCAACAGAACAUCAAUCAAAGUGCAUUGCAUCCCAUUUCUGAAGAACAGAGAAGAACUGAUAUGGAAAGCAAUUCCCCUGCACUUCCCCUGGAAUCUGCUGCAGACCCUUAUUCCUACACCACAGCUACAAUAACACCCCAGUCCACUCCAUGUCAUCAUUCUUUAAGGUCCAGAAGAAACCGCUCUUCAUUGCCACAGUGCUGUGAGCUAAGGUCAAAAGCUGCAAAGCAAAUAAGAAAAUGAAACAUUUUCUAUAUGUAUUUGGUAACAGCACGUGAAGUGGCAUGAACACAAUUGGCUUUCUUCAUCUUUAAGAGGGGCUCGUCUGAAGAUUGGGAUAAAAUCAACACGUCAACAAUGGAGACCCAGAGCAGACACAUUGGCAGGCUUGAAUAUAGCUUUAAUUUCCAUGGCUUAAUCAGGCAUUUGUUGUAAUCAAGUAUCAGUAGUUUUUAUUUUGUGACUUCAUUUUUCUUGUUUGGUGAAGCAUCUUACUGAAAACUAAUGUAAUGGAUUUACUAUGACGGUAUAAUAGUGGUAUAAAAGUGGGCUA